UAAUUUUAAUGAAUAAUAAGUUAGUGGCCAAUUAAGUUCCGGGAACUAGCUCUGCAGAGCUGAUCCGCUGAUCACAAACGCAUAUCACAACACUGAAUAUUAGCGUUUUAGCGCACUGCCAGUUUGCCGGUUCAUUUUAGUUUUCAGCUUCGCGUAACGCGUGUGCAUUUUCCGAUAGUGAAAAUAAUAAAUGAUAAAAAGUCCUUACUAAAUAAUAAUAAUGAUUUCGGACGACAGAGGUGUAAAAUUUUUCGAUCGCAAGUUUGUGGCAGCGAAUUUGCGAAGUCAGCUGCGCUGCCCAAAAUGCUCUAACGAAUAUUCUCACAAUCACAAGAAGGGAGUGGGAACAGAGAAUCAUCGUCCCUUCCUGCUGCCCUGUGGCCACAAUAUGUGUGAAUUCUGCAUUUCAAAGCAACGUCAGCAAAUCGACUUCAAAUGUGCCGUCUGCUUUAACUUGGCCCCGCCGACAAUUACAGCCAAAAAUCCGAAGUCAGCUGGUAAUAUACGCGAUUAUUAUGAGCCCAACUAUCAUUUGUUGGGCUUAUCAAAUAGCUUGGGCUAUUUUAACCGUUACUCCGUGGACUCCGUUAACAAGUCGCUGCAACUCACCGCAACGCAGGAAAUCGUCGUCGAAACGAAAUGCAGUGAAUGCGGCAAAACGGCAGCCAAGGGCGAAUGCAAGCAAUGCAAUGCUUUCUACUGCAAGCGUUGCUUUGAAAACGUGCACAAUCACAGUCGGGUGCUCAAGACGCACUUUUUUCAGCACCUCAACGAAAAGCAAGAUGGCGCCGACAAAGGGAUUCGAGUCGGCAAGAACAUCUUUCGCAUACCGAUGCCGAUGCAGUGCAGCGAACACAAGUUGCCGGCGAAUGUUUUCUGCCGCAAAUGUUCGCGCAACUGUUGCAAGUUGUGCACAUCCAAAUGGCAUAAUAAACACAGGACUUGCUUGUUGGAUGAGUUGAACCAGCGCUAUUUGCCCGAAAUACCAGCUUCGAUCAACUCAAUAGAUGCAGCAAUUAUGAAAAUCAAUAAUGCACAAAUGGUGCUGAAGAACACCAAGAAGCAAUUCAGCGAUUAUGCCGAGGAAACCCUGGCCGGGAUCUCGAAGCAUUUCCGUUUGCUGCACGGCCAGCUGCAGAAUGCCGAACUGAAGGCGAUCGAGAUGCUGCGCGAGUCCAGUUUGUCGCCGCAGAUGCAACUCAAUGAGGCAAUGAGCCAACUGAAUGGCUACGAGCUAGUUUUAAUGAAACUACGCAAAUGCCUGAAGCCCGAAGUGACGGAUAACAUUUUUUUGAAGGACGUCAUCUGUUUAAUUCACGAGCACUUGGAGAAGAUUCCAACAAGUGUCAAAGUCAGUAAACUCGCUGGCAAUCCAUUUUUUAUCAGCAACACCGUCGAAAAACUAUCCGAUAUUAUAAACCGGCAUUUCAGCACCAAAUUUAACAAUCCACAAAUUAAGGUAAAAUUUUCCAACGAAUAUAACGACAGCAGUACCAUUUCGGACAUUAGCUAUGGUAACCAAUCGCAAGCAAGCGCCACCACCUGUCCCAGCACCAAUAUCCCAACACAGGAGUACGGACCGCUUGCCGUUGCACUUCCUUCGGACAGACAUCAACUUCAGCUGAAGAACCACAUCACCAGCUCCUACAGCAAUAACUCUUUUGAGAUGGACACACAGCACAGCGAGAUGUUAAACUCAUUCUCGGAGCUGGAUAUCAGCAACUCCAACUGUAACCAGACAUCCAAUACCCUGACUAGCCAAGUGGGCAAUUGGUUUAAAACAGGUGCACGCGUCCUAGUGGUCUCUGCUAAGACUCCGCAAGAUUUCUAUGUCCAAUGCCCUCAGACAACGCAGCGCAUUCGUGAGCAGCUAAAGAGAUUUAUGACGGAAUUGUCUGAUUGUCUUACGCCAGAAAUGAUUAAUGUUGGUGAACAGUAUGUUGUGCGUAUCAAACAAAAUGAAAUCGAUCGCUGGCAACGCGCUUUGGUUUUCUCAAAGUUAGCAAAACCGAACACGUAUAAAGUCUUCUUACCCGAUGUCGGGGUAUAUGAAACUGUACAGAGCAACGCUUAUGAGGUUCCCGAUAGUCUAGUCGACUUGCCGCAUGCAUCCGUGCACUGCAGCUUGAAGCAGCUGAUGCCCAGCACCGGCAACUCUGAGUGGGAUCCAAAGGCAGGUGCCUUUCUUAGGCAGGUGGUGCAAAAGGAAGCUUUUGUGACAGUCCUGCGAUCGAUAGGGCCAAAAUUCUACGAAGUGCAUCUGACUACCACCAAUUGCAAUUCAUACAUUUCGGUACGCGAAGCUUUUUUAUACACAGGCCUGGCACAUUCAAAGAGUGGUUACACGCACGCUCAGCUGCCCAAUCCACAGCAGCAGGUCGCACAAGCAUCACAGAAAUUGGAAGAAAAUGAACCUCAUGUUGGAAACAUGGUGAUGGUGCAGGUACUCCAUGUGCAACAUCCCCAGGACUUUCAUGUUAUGUGGCACAAUGAUGGAGAAAAAUACGAAGCCAAACAAACCGAGCUUCAGCAUGUCAUGAAUGACAUGAGUUUGUCCAAUCUGGAGCCCAUCUAUAUGGGUAGAUUGCAUAUGGCUUGCGUGCUGCAGUGGGAAGGUCAAUGGCAUCGUGCUCGCAUCGAGGAAAUGCUGCCGGAUGGUUAUGUCGUGGUUCGUUUUGUUGACAGCGGUGUAAAGCAGAAGCUAUACUGGGACAUGCUGCUUAUGCUGCCGAAAGAGCUCUGGCAUCCUGAGUUUGCCAUCAAAUGUUGCCUGGCCGAUGUCGAACCACUACAGAAACAUAGUUAUGCUUGGACAAAGGCAGGAAUCGACGCAUUUAAACAGCUGACUUCCAAUCCUAAGCUGAUUAUGGAAGUGAUCUCUGUGCGCGACAAUGUAGCUCAUGUUGCGUUACACUUCACAUGCUCUGGCCGCGACAACACGAAUGUGGCUGCAUUGCUGGUGGCACAAGGGCAUUGUUUGUCUAAUGGCGACAGUAGUAAGGUUAGAGAACUGACGGUUGUCAAUAAAGCGCCUCUCGAUGCGGAUACACGCAAAUUAAUAGAGUUGACCAAGAAACAGCUUAAAGAUAUGGAGCAACCUAAGCCUGAUGACAAGCUGGCACCAACAAUUCAACGUAGCGAAAUUGAGGUUCUGCACGUUGUAAGUCCCAGUGAAUUCUACGUCACCUUGAAGCAAUUUAUGAUCGGCUUAGCCGAGUUGAAAAAGUCCGUACAGAAUGCAGCCGUUGCCAUGAAUGAGACGGAAGGGUACCCGCUUCAAACUGACUGGGAGCCAGGCAACAUGUGUUACAUCUGGGUUAAGGCCAAGGCGGACAUGAAUGUAUUCUGGCAUCGUGGUAAAAUUAUCAGCGUGGCCGAUGAAACCGAUGUCGAGGAUAAAUACAAUGUGCAACUAUGCGAUAUUGGCGAAUUGGUCGAAAUGGUACCUGCCUCCAGCUUAUUGCCAAUUGAUGAUGCUAUGGCGCUUAUCGCAAACGGCGCAUUGCGUUGCCAGCUGUACGGCCUUUGUGCAAAGGAUGGGGCUUGGUCACCAAAGGCGAUUCAAUUCUUUAAGGCCCAGUUGGACGCAUAUAAAUGGCUGUAUGUGACUGGCCAUGGCCGUGAUGGCGACUGUGCGAAUGUCAAUUUAUGGGGUUCAUUCACCGAGAUCUCUGGUCCCUUUUCUCCAGAGCGCACUACAUUCGUUAGCAUUAAUGAAGAACUGAUGAAAAACGGAUGGGCCGUUAAGGAUGGCAACAAACAAUUCGAUCUGCCAGAACACUCAGCUUCACUAAACACAAUAACAAUGCUGGAUACAAAUAACAUUGACGAUGACGAGGUCUUGGUGGACCUAAAAAACGUGGACAGACUAAAUGCUAUGACACCUGUAAUGUUUGGACCACUUCCGGAUCAAUCAUUCGACUACAGUGAUGAAAUGCCUCCACUUCAACUGUUGGAAAAUUUCAAUGAUAAGACACCCACCACAGGUUGCAAUGAGGCGCCCUUGGCAUGGCGAACACCGCGUGAUUGCAAGAAAAGUAUCUUUACGGCGCUGCCCACGUACGUCAAUUACCAAUGUGAGAUCUAUCUGAGUCUGAGUACUGAUAAGCCAUUUAAUAAGCAUAUGUGCGAGUUGCUAGCGAUACACUUCAGUCUUGAGUUCCAGAACCAAGUGCCAGGCACUUAUGUGGUGGGACAACCGGUGGUAGUCAGGUAUCAUUUGGACCAGAAUUUCUAUCGCGGCAUUGUGCAGAGCAAGAUGAGCUCAAAGGGCGAGUAUCGUGUUUACUAUGUGGACUAUGGGAAUGUGGAGAAAACGCUGCCUGCAGAUAUGAUUCCCUUUGCACCGUUUCCGCAUUUGAAUGCUAUGUGCUUUCGCAUUGCCCUCGAUGGUAUGCGACCCAAAGAGCAUAAGUAUGAUCUAAAUACAAUGGAUGUUCUGCACAAUGCUGUGGUUAUGAAAUUGUGCAGUAUUCGCGUUAUGGAAUCUAAAGCGCCAAAUGGAUUGCCACUGUGUCAAGUCAAGGUGGACAACGAAGAUGUGGUCACCAUGAUGGUAUCGAAUGGCUGGGUCUUGCGUAAAACAUCACAUGAUAAGCAAGAAGUUGCACUGACUCGUCCCAAAAUGCUGGAGAGUUUCAAAAUGUUCGAUGAGCUACAACAAUUGGGUGAAGUGAACAACAAUACGACCGUACAACCGCCUCCAGCGAAGAAGAAAUACACAAUGCAAAACCAACAGAUGCAACAUUUUGAAUGCGAUGAGGAUUUCGAUUGCAAAGAAGAAGCGUUACAGCAAUUGCAAAUGAGCAUUAAUUGCGAACAAAAGUCCGUCAAUGGUUUCACAGAUGACUAUACUAUGAACAAUGAUGACGGCAUUCCGCUUAUCAAAAAGAAAGUUCUCCCUAUCUCUACGAGUCCUGAGCCAGAUCCAGCCAGUUAUUCGUCAUCAUCACAUAGAUCAGCCAUAGAUCAGGUUCGACGUCGCAUUCAGUUGCGUAACAAGGAUCGACUGGAUACCUCCCAUUUCUCACCAAUGGACACUUCUACAGAACGUUCUUAUCGCACUGAUGUCGGCUGCUUGAAGGCACCCAAUCUGCCACGAGGCGUCAUGCAGUUUAAAUGUAGCAUCGAUAAGGUACUAUCAGCUACAGAGUUACAGAUAUCCCCCAAGUUAUCAGAGUUUACGAAGCACGACAUUGGGCUGACCCAGGAGACAAGCGCAUUAAUCAAGAGAGCCAAACGACUGUAUCCUGUGGUUUUGGAUGCAGUAUGCCUAGCACGCUAUACUCAAGACAAUCAAUGGUAUCGUGCCAUUAUCAAAGAACUACAUCAAUCCUCGCAGCAGGCAACAGUUUUUUAUAUUGAUUUCCAUGACACCGAAAUGGUACCAUUCACUGAUCUCAAAUCUAUCCCAAAAGAGCUAUUUAUGUUUCCGCGUCGCACCUUCCGCGUAAAUUUGCACGGCAUCCGAAUGAAUACGAAUUUCAACGAGACCGCCGUGCGCCAUUCACUUCAAACUUGUCUCUGCCAAUAUCCCGAGGUCUUUGCUCGGGUCCACUACCCACCUAAUUACCACGAUAACAACAAUGAUGACUCUAGCGAAGAAUCGAUGAUUGCCUCCUUCAGGAAAGAAUUUCAUCUGCUCGAGGUCGAUAUCUUUGAGAAUGAGCACACAUCAAAUUUACUCUAUAAGCCAUUAAUUGACAGUGAAAUGUUCUUAUUGAACUAGUUCUACAUUAUCACGUUUACUUCGUUGAAGCUUGAAGUAUUCAAAUGAAUUUCAAAUAAUUUAAUUUUUAUUUUUUUACAUACUCGAAUAUGUAUUCCAAUUUUAAGUUCUCGUAUUAACUCAAUUUAAAUUCAGAAUUUGAAAAUAAUACACAACAUUCCGUUUCCUUUUCAAUAUUAGCUACGAUAUUUCAGUUUUUUUC